GGGUGGUCUCUCUCUCCUCCCUGGGGCGCUUAAAGCCUCUUGGCUCGGCCUGUGGCAGCAGAACUCUACGGUAGGACGCUCUGAUCUCAUUAGGGAGUUAUUUUAGGGGCUGUGUGCUUUUUCCUGCAGGACCUAAGAGGGUUACAGAGUCCUGAGGUUUGCUUUUUGGCUGCAGACUCACUACAGGCUGGACGUGGGCCUGCUUGGCCUUGUCUGCGAGGCCACGGAUUUAAACUUUGAGACUAUUUUGGACUCUUUUUGUCAGACGAGCUCAGCCCCCUGAAGAUCCUGCAGGUCCGUCGUUAGCAGAUUUGUUGUCUCUCCUUCAGCGUGAGGACAAACUCUCCGUCUGUUCGUCUUCUGUUGAGGUUUUGCUUUUGGCGGCCUCGGUGCUCCACUCGGACCGCACCAAUGGGGAACCACGGCUCGAACCUGGACGACAUCCUGGCCGAGGACAUGCACCACUGGUACAACAAGUUCAUGAGGGAGUCUCCGUCAGGCCUCAUCACGCUGUUCGAGCUGAAGGCCAUUCUCGGACUGAAGGGCAUGAGCGAAAACGCCAACAGUUAUGUGGACCAGGUGUUCUUCACCUUCGACAUGGACGGGGACGGUUACAUCGACUUUGUGGAGUACAUCGCUGCCGUUAGUCUGAUGCUGAAAGGAGAAAUCAACCAGAAACUAAAGUGGUACUUCAAACUGUUCGACCAGGACGGCAACGGAAAGAUCGACAGGGAGGAGCUGGAGACCAUCUUCUCUGCCAUCCAGGACAUCACACGGAACAGAGACAUUGAUCCCGAGGAGAUUGUCUCGCUCAUAUUUGAGAGGAUCGACGUGAAGGGAGAAGGUGAGUUGACCCUGGAGGAGUUCAUCGAGGGAGCCAGAGAUCAUGAAGACAUCAUGGACAUGUUGAAGAAAAUGAUGGACCUGACGCCGGUGUUAGUCAUCAUUGUGAAUGGCCGGCUGGGAUGACAAAACUGACGGAAGCAGGAACCCUCCAACCCCUAGCCCAACCAAAAUAGAAAGACAUUUUUUUAAAAAGCCCUGUCAAACAAAGAGACAAGACCUUCUCCUCCCCGGGACAGUCUUCUUGGAGGCACAUGACAUUCUGCGGUCAGAGCGAGGACGCGGAAAACAACGGGUAUUGAGAAUGUAAAAACUGAACUUUGCAGAACUGUGAUUGGCUGAUGAGCCUCUGAGCGUUCAGCCAAUCGGAUUAUUGAUAUUCUUGAUGAAGACUUUGAUGAUUCCGUUUCCAGCAUACCCCCCGAGGCUUCAGCAGCGUAACUUAAUCCACCUUCAGAAAUCUUUCUUUCACUUUAAGAAGCAACUAACAACACAAUGAUAGAGAUGUUUGUCUGAAACCGUCCCUGCACAGAACUUUGUUUGAAAUUCUAGAGAUGGUUCUGGUGAGAAGAGAUCAUAUUCAUCCAGGGUUGGGUGUCAAACCCGCAACCCUGAA